GACAAAAAUAUUAUAUUGAUAUUAGAAAAUUCAAAACCCUACUUCUUGUGUAUAUUCAGCAAUUUCUGUUAUUCAGCUUUCAACAUAAUUUCUAAGGUCACUCUUGAUAAGGGCAUGAGUCGUUAUGUUCUUGUUGCAUAUGGACAUGCUUUUGGGACUUUAACCACUGCUCUUCUCGCACUCCUCUUUGAAAGGAAAAAUGAAAGCAAAAUCAGUUUACCCGUUUGUGUAAACAUCUUCUUCUUGGGUCUUUUUGGAGCAUUGUUAAGGACAACUUAUUAUGCCGGAAUGGAAUACACAUCUUCAAAUUUUGCGUCUGCUAUGGGCAACUUGGCUCCGGCUACUACUUUUGUUUUGGCCAUUUUAUGCAGGAUGGAGAAAUUAGAGAUAAAGAAAUGUAGUGGCCAAGCAAAGAUUGGAGGAACAGUGGUUUCAUUUGCUGGUGCAACACUUAUGAUCCUUUAUAAAGGCAUCACUGUGCUUUCACUACAUCUUCCACACACUAAAAAACUUCGCUCCCAAUCCAAUGUAUUCAUAAAACAAGAUUGGAUAAAGGGUUCCUUCAUGCUUCUCAUUCAUUGCCUUUCAACAGCAUUAUUGUACAUCUUACAGGCAAAAACACUGAAUAAGUAUCCAGCACCAAUAUCACUUACAUCAUUAAGUUGCUUAGUAGGAACUGCAAUUACAACUGUUGUGGCAGCCAUUAUAGACCAUAGAGCUUCAUCAUGGAGAUUGUCAUGGAAUAUAGCUCUUGUUGCCAUUCUUUAUAGUGGGAUAAUGAUAUUUGGAAUUACAGUGUAUAUUCAAAUGAUGGUGAUAAGAAAAAAAGGUCCAGUAUUCGUGACAGCAUUUAGACCUCUGGCAACGAUGCUGGUGGCUGUUAUGGGAGUGCUUAUUCUAGGAGAAGCCUUGUACUUGGGAAGUGUGGUAGGAGCUAUACUGAUAAUUGCUGGGUUAUAUGCAAUUCUAUGGGGAAAGGAAGAGGAGAAAAGGAAUACUUUGCCAAAGCAUGCAGUUGUAUUGGUAGACAAUUCUAUAAAGGAGAAACCAGAGAAAUAAUAGUUAUGUACGCGUGUGUAGUAUGCAGCAUUAAUUAAUUAAGAAAACUAAUUAGGGAAUAGCUUGAUUGGUCUUCCUUUACCAUUAAGACUCUGUUUGGAUAAGGUAAGGAAAGGAUAAUUAAUGGAAGGGUAAGGGAGGGUAAGGAAGGAGAAGGAUAAGGAGGGUU